AUGGAACUACCAACUGCUCCUCAACAUCUGCAUUUCAUCUACACACAGUGGAAACAGAAAGGAAAUAUGGCUAUGCCGAAUUAUUCCAUAUUGAUACAGCCGCAUUGCGACAGCGAGGGGCUCUGCCGGCUCUCUAUAUCGCUGACCCUGGACUCGCCCGCAAGAAAGGCCCACGACGUGCUUUGUGAAUUUGCGCCAGACGUGCAAGGCGUCCCAACACACAACUACACAAAAGAGAAUCUGAGCGCAGUGGAUGCCGCAGGACACUUGAAUCUAUCCUGUGUUCCUCGCGGCGGCGCUGCGCUAUCGAACCAUGUCUGGGUAGUCGAACGUGACACUGUUGGCCCCGUCGCGCUUCAGCUCGAAGUCCUCCCCAAGCUUGUGGAUGCCAAGACACCUGUUGGGCCGCAGGUCGAUCUGCGCCGUGAUCAAGGUGGUCUUCUGGGCAGCGGUGGCUGGUUUCUGCCGAGCAUCCCGCGCCAGGAACGCUUCCUGUUCUCCGUGCAAUGGGACUUGUCGCGCGUCACAGCGGGCACGAGGGCGUGCUGGAGCUAUGGCGAAGGGCCGGAAAGAACUGAGCAAGAAGGGCCUCUGCCGCUCCUUCUGAACUCUCUUUUCAUGGUUGGGCCUGUCAAUAGCCAGCGAGUAGAGCAUGGCUCGGCGGUAUGGUCAACAGUGUACUGGAUUGGCGACCUGCCAGACUACCUAGGACCGGUCAAGGAUUUCAGCAAGCAUAUGGUUCCGUAUGCUUAUUCGGCUUUUGAAGAUGAAAUGGAAAACUACAGCAUAUUUAUUCGAAAAUCACUAAAGGGAUACGUGGGCAACAACUUUGCUUCGUCGCUUCUUCUCCAGUACAGUGAUGAACGGGGUAAAGUCGACGACGCUGAUCUCAUCAGUAUCCUUACGCAUGAGCUGAUGCACAACUGGCUGUACUUGGGAAGCAAUCCUGGUGAAUCCCAGAAUAUGUGGUACAUAGAAGGCAUUGCUCAAUUUUACGCCGUCUUUCUACCUGUGCGUGCAGGCUUCCGAAAAGCAGAUUACUUUCGCAGAGUCAUGAGCCAGUUUCUAUGCGCAUACUACACCAAUCCGCUUAUCGAAGUCCCGCUUCGAGAGACAGAAGGGGCCUUUUACAGUGAUCCCAGCGCACAGUGGACUCCAUACAUGCGCGGCUUUGUUUAUUUGCUACUCGUCGACGCUUCGCUGCGGCAGGCUUCCUCGGCUUCAGCACGGAGGCAAAAUCCCAUCGAUGACGUGGUCAUGUCCCUAACCCGCCGGAAUCGCCAGGUCGCGGACAAGCAGUAUCAGACACUGAUCGAUGGCGGUACUCUGCACCUAAGCUCAGACUUUACAUUUCCCGUCGCAGAAUACCUUUUUAUGCUCAGGCCUGUGGAGCAAGAGGUGUUUGAGCUUGGAUUUAACGCAAAGUCGCUGCGUUCUGGUGUUGUGGAAGGCGUCCUGGCACGUUCCAGAGCUGCGUUGGCAGGUCUCCAAAAUGGCGACGUGAUUCAGCACUUCUCACGAGUCAGCGUCGCAUUGAUGGACUCUCAGAAGACAGUUUCAUUCUCAGUGACAAGAGUUGGACAAGACAAAGAGAUCAAGGGUGAAUUUCGGCCGAGGUCCUUUGACAAGGUCUGUAGCUUCCAGGCCGUCAGAGUUGACCACAGCACGGCAUUUCCAUGA